GUAAAGACGCAUUUGGCAGGCCCACAUUCCCCAAAGCACAAAAUAUCAGACCACCACAACAGUCUCACACAGAGAAUUACAGAAACCUCCCUCCCUCCCUCUCUGUACUGUUCCGAUCACCAUUUUCUCUCUCCUAGGGUUUCAGUUCAGCUCAGAUAGCUCCAUCUUCAACCUCCAGUCCUCCACAAAGCUCAAUUCUUCCAGCUUCAAAUGUCUUUAGAUUCGCCACCGCACUACGGCACACAUCCUCCCACUACCACCUCGCCCGAACCCUUCUCACGCGCCAGAACCACGACCCAAGCCUUCUUCGCCACGCGCCGCCCAUGGCUCGAGCUCGUCCAGCCCCUUUCCAGCUUCACGCGCCCCUACACCUUCGGCGAAGCCACCGUCCGAAUCAAGCGCAACCUCGGCCACUUCAGCGUAAACUACACGAUGCUCGUCCUCUUUGUCCUCUUCCUCAGCCUGCUCUGGCACCCCGUCUCCCUCAUCGUCUUCCUCUUCGUCUUCAUCGCCUGGUUCUUUCUCUACUUCUUCCGCGACGAACCGCUCGUAAUUUUCCAUCGAAUCGUCGACGACCGCGUCGUUUUGGGGAUUCUCGCCGUCGUCACCGUCGUGGCUCUGGUUUUCACGCACGUGUGGCUGAACGUGCUGGUGUCGAUUCUGGUUGGGGCCGCGAUUGUUGGGUUGCACGCGGCGUUUAGGGGAACGGAGGAUUUGUAUGCCGACGAGCAGGAAGCUGCCGAAGGUGGGUUGCUCUCGGUUGUGGGCAGUCCCCCGCGGACUCGGUACAGCGGCAUUUAGCCAAUUGGAAGAUGCUGGGUGCCAUUGGAUCCUUUCUGGGCAGAAGAAAGUUUCUGUCUUUAGGUCUACUUUUAGGUAACAUUUCAUUCAAUCUUGAGCUAAAUUCUUCGCUUUUAGCUUUCGAAUUCGGCUGCUUAUUUUUUUGGAUUUCAUUUUUGUAAAUGUAGUGUGAAUUUAUGACCCUAUAGAGGUUUUCUUUUAUACUUUAUUUAAGCACGUAUCGGAUUGCUCUGGUUUCUGCCAAUAUCUAGUGUUGAUUUCAAGUGUGGUUGUUGAAAGAAUGGAAACAUUGUUAUUGGAGUAAGGCCGUUAAUCUCUUCGAGUUUAUAAUCGAAGUUCUUACAGUUUAUGUGCAUAUUAUGUAAAGAAAAUUAAUAAAAAUGACUUGAAAACAUUGAGUUUUAA